AUGUACUUCAACAUUGUAGCCGCCGCGACGCUUGCCUCUAUCACCCUGGCACAUGCGUCAGCGCCAGACCCGAUCACGACGAUCAAAUGCGAAGCGGAACAGCCGACUCCAGCACUUUCGACUGUUACUUUUACUGUGGUAGCUGUGGUUGACCCUUCUAUCUCCCACUGGGACCAGUUCCUAAGUCAGGCGUGUCCGACUCCCUUCCCUGCCACUGAACUGUGCGCAGAAACUGGAAAUGAUCAGAAUAAUCCCGACGUACCCCCAGGGGCAGACAACCCUGGGCAUGAAACAACUCCUCAUAACGAGGCUCAUGACAUCGGCUGGUACGAGGUUUGGUGCUUCGACUAUCACGGCGGCGAGCCGCCAAGCCACUGGUAUUUUGACCACCACUCUUCCCACCCCUACAGCACCGACAGCCACGUACCGUGGCCGAAGCCUACCGGCGGCGACCUUCCGCCCGGCCCUCUUCCCGUUCCUACCAGGGAGCCUCGACCACAGCCAGAUAAAUCUACAGUCCCCCAACCAGGGCCUGAUACAACGUCAACGGGUCACCCGGGCCCACCUUCCGGCUCGUCAACUGAUCAGCCAAUUCCCACCUCUGAAACUGCAACUGCGGCUCCAAGGCCGUCGAGUUCCACGACAGAUCAGCCCAAUCCAGUACAAUCCUCAAUGACCCAGCCUGAUCCGUCUUCAGACUUUUCCUCUAUACUACCUGUGCCUGUUGUAUCUUCGACCAGUCAGUCGGGACCUGACCCAUCUUCAGACUCUUCCUCUACACUGCCUGUGCCUGUUCUAUCUUCGACCAGUCAGUCAGGACCUGAACCGUCUUCAGGUUCCUUCUCUGCGACGACUGCAUCUUCCUCAUCUUCGGCGAGUCAAUCAGAUUCAGAGUCCUCCUCAACUGAUCCUGGACCAAGCUCAUCUGUGCCGCCGGAAUCCCAGUCCCCCAGCUCCUUGCCUCCGACUAGCCUCUUGACAAGUGUUGUCAGCUCCACGACCACAUCGGCCAACCCGUCCCAAACAUGCGCAGAUAUCAGUAAUGGGUCGUUCCAGAACAACGAUAUUGGAGCGUGGUACAUCUCCGAUCAAGUCACAGCGGAUUCGGGUAUUGUACAGGAAGGUCCCGACGGCGUGGAGUAUUCAUUUGCCCUGAUCCCGUCGCAGCAGCAGUUUGCUCAGGUUUACAUCAACCAGUACAUCCGCUGUGGUGACCCACCUCCGAUUGUCGAGAUCCAAGUGCGCUUCAGCUACCAGUUUACUGGCAAUUCUCAAGGGUGCAGUAUCGCUGCUAGCGUGAACAGGUCGCCAGACAAUAUCCUCACCAUUCAGGAUGACGGACAGUCGCCUGGCGUAUGGCAGCAGUACGAGGGCCCAGUUAUCACUGUGCAGUUGACAUACGAUCCGCUGUUCACGAUCAAGAUGUUGUGCCAAGAGGACACUGCGAACACUGAGGCUAUCCUGAUUACUGAGAUCUCAGUAUACAACUGA